UGUUGGAGCCGACGGUUCUCCGUCAUUCGAUCGCGGUUCCAUUUCAGUCGCAUUAUUCGUAACUUCUUGAUCAUUGUUGAUAAAUAUAAAGAUCAUCAUGGAGACUUGUGGGAUGAGUGUCAUCAAAUACAUUCUGUUUAUUUUUAAUCUGAUCUUUGCGAUUUCCGGCGUUGCGAUUAUAGCAGCUGGAGGUAUAGUCCUGGCAGAUGUUGGGGAGUUCAGUCAUUUUAUGGACGGUAAGAUUUUGGCUCCACCGGUGGUUCUGAUUGUCGCAGGCGCUAUUGUGUUUAUUAUUGCAUUCUUGGGAUGCUAUGGGGCUAUCAAGGAAAAUUAUACACUUCUCUUGGCGUUUGCUGGAGCCCUGGUCAUCAUCUUCAUCAUCGAAUUAGCAGUCGGAAUCGCUGCAGCGGUGUUCCGAAAUAACUUCUCAGAAGUUAUGAAGGAAUCACUGAGAUAUUCAAUGAAGAACUAUAGUCAGUCACAAGCAGACAAAGUAGCAUGGGAUGAUGUACAAAUGAAGCUCAAAUGCUGUGGUAUCGAGUCAGAAAGAGAUUGGAUUGAAGCUGGCGUUCUAGAACGAGGAAGUCUACCCUUUUCAUGUUGUAGAGGGGCUGAUGAAACAACUCAGUGUCUUGAAUCGACCGUGGAAGUUUACAGCGAAGGUUGCUACUUACAAUUGAAGAUGAGGGUAGAGAAAAAUGCUCGCGUCCUGAUUGGCGUCGGUAUCGGAAUCGCUUUUGUUGAGGUCGCUGGUAUCGUGCUCGCAUGCUGUCUCGCGAUGGCGGUAAAAAAAGAGGGGGAAAAAUGAGAGGAGGAGUAAUUCGUUUUUUCUACUGAAAAAGCGAAUUACUCAAAUAUUGAAUGUGAAAACUACUUAACAAGAAGGUAAACUUUAUUGGUAACACUCACGAAAAAUAUAUCUACAUACAAUUAUUUUUUAAAUAUUACCAACCAUCAUCUAACAAAAAAAAUCUUCCACGGUGCAACAAUUAACAAUGAAUAUCAAAUCUAUUUAACAUUUAGUGCAACCUGACAAGAUGAUUUAGAAUGAGAUUAGUAUUGUGAUAGUUAAGAAGCAGAAUAAAUAUACCGCUUGCAUAUGAACUUCUAAUACAGACAUCUAGUGCUUUAAUGAUGAUGUGCAAUUUUAUGGAGUGUAUGUAAUAUAAAUACUUGAAUAAUAAUUUAAUAAUGAGUGCGAAGAAUCGUGGUGAUUUGCAUUAAUUUACGAUUCAGAUCUACUGGGGAGAUUCUUUAUCAAGAGUAU